UGGUACACACAACACAGGAGCAUGGCCAACCUGCAGACCUCACUCCUGGCUGCCUUCAUCCUUCUUGCUAUGGUACUUCAAGCAACCGAAGCAGGUCCUUACGGAGCCAACGUGGAGGACAGCGUCUGCUGCCGGGACUACAUCCGUCACCAACUGCCUCGGCGUGUGGUGCAAUAUUACUACUGGACCUCGCACUCUUGCCGGAAGCCUGGCGUGGUGUGA